GUAUGGCGUCAGCUGGCGGCGUGGAGGAUGAGGAGGAGUGACCACGCGGACCGGCCUCCCCGCAGUGAUUGGGCUGAACGCGGAGCCACUGCCUCUUAAAGCGUGGGGGGGGUCGCGGGGCAGGGCUCACAGCGAGCUCACGCACGCACGCACACGUGCUGCUGUGAGCUGAGCGCUGUCAUCACAGCACCACGAGCGCGCGCGUGUCCCUUCCCUCCCUCCCUCACUCCUCCUCAUCCACGCGUCGUCCUCCUCCUCCUCCUCUUCUACUCCCGUCAUCAUCGUGACGGCAGCCUGGCUUGUACCGAGCAGCGGCCAGCCUGACUCAUCAAUCACCGAGCCGUCCGCUGAGCGCCUUGGCUGCUCCUGCCCCACCGGGAGGGUGGUGCCUUGUGAGCCACGCUCAACGCGCCCGGCGGCUCCGCCGGAUGACACAGGCGGCAUUGGCUUACAGAGGCAGCGCAGAGCGCGGUCGCGUCAUGGAUGUGUUACCGGAGGCUGUGCUGCGACUGUGGAUCGUCUCCUUCGUCAUCUUCCCAAUGCUACUGCUGCAGCAGGCUGCGUGCGCUGGGAUCUUUGAGCUGAGGCUGCAGGAGUUCACGAAUGAUCAGGGACUCCUCCUGGAUGGCGCCUCGUGUGGGGCGAGCGCGGAGUGCAUGACCUUCUUCUCGGUCUGCCUCAAGCACUAUCAAGCCAGCAUCAUGCCCGAUCCGCCCUGCACCUACGGCAGUGUCGUCACCCCGGUGCUGGGUCUCAACUCAUUCGCCGUGCGCGAUUCGGACCGCUUCCAAAAUCCCAUCCGCUUCCCCUUCAGCUUCACGUGGCCGGGAACCUUCUCGCUCAUCAUCGACGCUUGGCACGCGGAGGCCGACGGGGACCUCACCACAGAUGACCCGGCGCGCCUCGUCAGCCGCCUGGCCACGCAGCGCCACCUGAGCGCGGGCGAUGACUGGUCCCAGGACACGCACGUGGCGCGCCACGCCGCGCUGCGCUACUCCUACCGGGUCGUGUGCGCCGAGAACUACUACGGAGAGAGCUGCUCCGCUAUCUGUCGCGCCCGGGACGACGCCUUCGGGCACUUCACGUGCGGAGACACGGGCCAGAAGGUGUGUCUACCGGGCUGGAGGGGGCCCUACUGCGCUGAAGCCGUGUGCUUACCUGGAUGCAGUGGGAUUUGUGACAAGCCUGGUGAGUGCAAAUGCCGCGUCGGGUGGCAGGGCCGCUACUGCGACGACUGCAUCCGCUACCCGGGCUGCCUGCACGGCACGUGUCAGCGGCCCUGGCAGUGCACGUGCCGCGAGGGCUGGGGGGGCCUCUUCUGCAACCAAGAUCUCAACUACUGCACGAACCACAGGCCGUGCCAGAACGGUGCCACCUGCACCAACAGCGGCCAGGGAAGCUACAGCUGCACGUGCCAGCCUGGCUACUCGGGCAUCAACUGCGAGUUCUCGGUGAACGAGUGCAACGUCAACCCCUGCCGCAAUGGUGGCAGCUGCACGGACCUGGAGAAUGACUACAGCUGCGUGUGCCCGUCUGGAUUCUUUGGUAAAAAUUGCGACAUGAGCUCCAUGUCGUGCGACGACACACCCUGCUUCAACGGAGGCCGCUGCGCCGACGACGCGGAGGGAGGCGGCUACUCGUGCCACUGCCCGCCCGGCUUCUCCGGGUUCAACUGUGAGAAAAAGGCUGAGCACUGCAGCAGCAAUCCCUGCGCCAAUGGCGCGCAAUGCUUGGACCUGGAAGCCACCUUCAAGUGCCGAUGCAAGCCCGGCUUCAGCGGGAACCGGUGCGAGAUGAACGUGGACGACUGCGGAAGACAGCCCUGCCUCCACGGUGGCACGUGCCGCGACCUUGUGAAUGGGUUCACAUGCUCGUGCCCAACGGGCUACGAGGGCAAGGACUGCGGCACCCCUGCCUCCUAUUGCCAAAGUGGGCCGUGCUUCAACGGUGGAGUCUGCGUCCUUCAGAGCGGCGACGGUGGCUACGCUUGCGAGUGCAGGGUCGGCUUUGGGGGAAUCGACUGCGGCGAGCUGGUGCUGACACGCACUAACACCGCGAUCUCGAACGUGCCGAGCAACUUCAAGCGCCACGAAGGCUCUGGGGAGGCAUUCCCCUGGCUGGCUGUGGGCACGGGGCUCGGCAUGGUGCUGCUGCUGCUUGCUGGUACCAUUCUGCUCCUGGUAUGUCGGCGCCUCAAGCAAAGUCAGAGCGGCCAGAUAGAAACGGCCGACGGUAAUAAUGGCAUGAACAAUCGCAACGUCUGCGAGAGGGAAAAGGAACUCGCCGUGAAUCUCUUAACCGGUGUGGAGCUAAAAAACACGAACAAGCAAAUGGACGUAGAGCCUGAGGGUUGCUUGCUCAAGUCAGGAUACCGGCUGAAAUAUCAGGACAUGGAUUACAACAUGAUCCUGGAGACGGCUGCCGAAGCUGCUGAAGACCACGCGAGUGGGGACAAGUGCCAGGAGGCCAACGACAAUCCCCAGAGUAGCGGCGAGGCCUCCUCCCCAUCGGAGGCCAGCUGCACGUCCGUGCACAUCAGCUGCCCCGAGCAGGCCGAGCAAAUAGUAGCCACAGAGGUAUGAGACCGCCGAGAUUGUCGUGGAACCUGAAGUACCCAAUGCUUCGGACGGCCACGUACCAAGAAUGUGCUUUGCUGAGAGUGUGCCAUGGGCCAUGAAGGUUGUUUCGCCACGCUUCCUUUUGCUGUUUGCGGAGUGGACGUUUGAACUCUGCUGCCCUUGAAACUCUCCCACCACAGUCGCGCGUCGUUCUCACAGCCCGUUGGAAAUGUUGCCACGACUGGAACGUACAAGCCGGCUGGGGAGCUUAUACAAUACCACAGAAUGUGAAUGGGAGAAGUUGUAAAUGGAAAGAGAGCGGGGCAACUUUUGUUACACGUAUACAUGUAUACUUUUUUUUGUAUAUCUAAUGACUGCUGUGACCAGCAUGUCUGGUGUCUUUGCACUACUUUUGUGGAAUUGUUCUUCCCGCUGGUCGAAUUCCAGAUCGUCAUAAUUCAGUGUUGUUCCCAUCAAACUGAAAUGUGUUCCUCCGUUCAUGGAGACCCAAACGAAUCCGUUCAUGUAAAUUGGAACUUAAACGGAAAAAAAAAACCAACAAAAAGUUUCGUCAAAGGCACUACAAUUUUGAAAAGGAAUCGGUUUUUUUUUCUCCCAAACAAACCAAAACAUUCCCAUGAUUCUACCCACCUGCAGUGCUCCGACUACUGCGUAGGUUUUCACGGUUGUGCUGUACAGCUCUCCGGCGUGCUUUGCGGUUGUGCCGUUGUUCGGCACGGCGUUUGCUCCAACGUGAUAACAAUUAACGUUGAAUCGUAAAGUAGUAAUGUACAGCCCUUUGUCAAUCAACUUUUAGAUGAAGGUCUCCCAAUGCCAUGUCGGUCGUAGGGGGAGGGAGGGGGGGUUAUUUGACCAUACUUCACCACACUGUUCAGUGCUGGUUGAAGGGGACCCCAUGACCGGUUCAGACGUCACUUGCCGCUGAUGCUCGCCGUAGCCGGGAAUUCAACUGAGCUUGCUGCGAUCACGGUUAAAAAAAAAA